UUUCCACUUGAAGAAACAACUAAUAAUAAUUUCUUAACACCAGCAGAUUGAAUGUCUUAUUACGACAAUAUGAAAAUUCCCAGGAACCAUGUGAUGGACAGAGAAGAUGAAGAAGAGAUGAAUAUCUAUGCUAAUACUGAUCCUAUAAAUAGUUUUAAUGUCGGGGGAGAAACAGAGAACUCGGACACCAAAAGACACCAAACGGCUCAACACACAGGAAGUGUUUGUGUGAAGAUCAGAAGCUCCAGAACAGUGUGUUUGGUUCUGCUGUGUGUUCUUCUGCUGACUGCAGUCAUAGUGCUGUGUGUCCACAUCCACACAAAGAGCAAAAACUACACAGAAGAGAGAGAUGGGCUAAUAAUAAAGAACAAAUACCUGACCAAUGAGAGAGACCAGCUAAGAAAUCAUCUUCAGAGUCAUGAUGGAUGGACUUACUACAAAUCCAGUUUGUACUACAUGCCGAGUGAGACGAAGAGCUGGACUGAGAGCAGAAGAUACUGUAGAGAGAGAGGAGCAGAUCUGAUCAUCAUAAACAAUACAGAGAAACAAGAUUUUGUGAAGAACACGUAUGGUUCUGGUAUAGUCUGGAUUGGUCUGACGGACAGUGAUGCGGAGGGCAGAUGGAAAUGGGUUGAUAACAGCACACUGACCUCUGGGUUCUGGGCGACUGAUGAGCCUAAUGGACAUACAGUAGAGAACUGUGCUGUGAAUGUGGAUCAUAACCAAAGGUGGCCAACUUUAUCCGGCUGGCUUGAUAUGGCAUGUAAUUCAGCUUAUAAAGGGAUCUGUGAGAAGAGAACAUCACACAUCGAUUUGGUGCAAGUUUAACAGAACAAAACUUCUGUAAUAAUUGAUUUAUUAUCUAAAGCAGUGUUUCUCAACCUUGUUCCUGGAGGACGCUCUCAACUGCACAUUUUGAAUGUUUCCUUUGUCAGACACCCAUUUCAUGUCCUAGAGUUUCUUAUAAAGAGCUGAUGAGUUGAAUCAGAUGUCUUUAAUUAGGGACACAUAUAUAAUGUGCAAAAUUGAACUCCAGAAAUGACUUGCAAAGUGAACUUCACAGAGUAUUCUGCCAUAUCAAGUGAAAUUCCUGUCCAAAGGAAGUGGACAUCUUCAGUUGUUAUUAUCUGUACAUUACUCAGUUCUACAUCACCAGUCAUUGCGCAUCAGUCCAGUACGAAGAAAGAAGAUUCAAUAAAACAAAGGCGUUAAAAAGGA